CCAAUUCCUGCAAAGUAAUUUCUGUUGUUCAGUCGGUUUGGCAGGUCAAGGAAAUAUGGAUAAACCUGCAAAAAAUAAAAUACUGUGCAGCUACAACAAACAAUUGGAAGCAACAAAGACGUGGGUUAAGCCCGUCAGUGGUGACUCGAUGAAAGCGUUCUGUACUUUAUGCCGUCGGGAAUUCUCAAUUGGCCAUGGAGGGGAGAAUGACUUAACUCAGCAUGCAUCCAUGGAAAUGCACAAGAAGGCCAUGCUAGCUAAAGGUGCUAGCAAUAUCGGUGCAUUAUUCGUAACUGUGCGGGAUAUUUUGGAUGAUAUGUACCGUCCGAAGGUGAGCCCGUGUAUUUCUUAGUUGCCAGUGAUGCCUCAAACAAGGGAAAUAGACAAAUGUUUCCAGUGCGUGUGAUAUUUAUGUGUCUAAUGGAAUGGAAUGGAAUGGAAUGGAAUGGAGUGCAGUGCAGUGCAAGUUGUGAUGAAACUACAAAUGUCAUACAUCAAGCUCUGAUGAACUGUCUGGAAAAGCAUGAACUGGAUAUUAGACACAUCACAGCCUAUGCAGCAGAUUAUGCCAAUGUCAACUUUGGAAAACACCACUCCGUUUACCAGUUAUUGAGCAGCGCCAACAAUCCCAUUCUGAAAGCUCACAUAGCUCAUAAUGCCUGCAAGCACGCCUGCUGUCAGUGGACAGCAUUGAGACAAUUGUUUUAAAGCUCUACAUGCGCUUCUCAGUAUAUGCUUCCCGAAGAGAGGAACUGGGUGCAUUUUUUUGCCAUUGUUGACAUUGAGUGGCGUAAAAUUCUGCGACAUGUUUGUACACGAUUGGCCCUCGCUUCAUCCAGCUGUAGAUCGUAUCCUGCAAAGCUGGCCAGCUCUUACUUCAUACUUCAGGUCCCUUGGGGAGACCUGCCCUGUGGCACUGAAGAGUAUCAUUACAUACAUUGACAAGUGGUUUGAUUUGUCACCAGAAAAUGUCAUGGUGAAACUGAAACCGAUUGGCCUCUAUGAGCUCUCCUUCACUGACCUGGAGCAAGUGGUGGUUGCCCUCAAAAUGACAGAGACAGUCAGUAUGGACCAACUCUAUGAAGAGUUUUGUGCUAGCCGGGAGGAAAUGCAGAAAGCCAGACAGGAUACCACAAAAUCCACCAGUGAGAAGUGGGUGGCAGUUUUUCAAAACCUAGAGAAAGCCAACUUGAUCAACAUGUUCAGGAUUAGUCUCAUUUGUUCUCAGUAUGCCAGGCUCAAAUGCCUUUUGUAGAGAGGAUUUUCUCUGAUGUCCAUUUAAAUGGUCAGGCUCAAGAAACCGAUGCAGCACAGAGCUGAUCACAAAUGAACUUCAAAUAUCUGUGAAUUGUGAUUUGUCAUGUAAGGACUUCUCUCUGGCUAUGCAAAAGGACAAAGGACUGCUUGAAUCAGUCAAGAGCAGCAAAAAAUAUCCAUGGAAAAAGUAGACUUGGGCCACUGUUAAAUCAAAGUGUGGGACACUGAACUAUGCAGUAUGUAUGUCUCCAAAAGGAUUGCCAAUGCCUAUUCUGUCUGUGAAAGAAGGCCCACUUUGACCUCUGCCACAGAGACAUGCCCACACAACUUUGCCGAAAUGCUGCCCACGGAAAUGAGCUUGAAGAUAUUUAGUGAACUGGACAUUGACAGCUUAUGUAGUGCAUUGUUGACCUGCAAACUGUGGCACCACAUCAUUGAAGACAGCGACCACCUCUGGAGGAAUCAUUGCCUGACUGUGCGAGCUUUCUGUCAACAGGAGAUUGAUGGGGACAGACAGUAUGGACUGUCAUGGAAGGUCACCCUGGUGCGGAACUACAGGAGAGGUUUUCUGAAGAGCGAAUGGUUAAGGGGACGAUACAGCAACAUUCAUUCUGCCGAUGAAUUACUGGACAGGAACAUGUGCUCAUUGGAUGUCGAGACUUGGGGCGAGAUUCUGGAAGCAGAGCUGGAGAGAUAGAUGCAAAUCCCAUAAAGAGCUAUGAAUUAACCUUUUAGAUUUUAUUUUAUAAUUAUGUCUUAAGCACUUAUUGAUUUGUUUUAUACCUUUUAUACAGUUUUAUGUGAUUAUGGUUAAUAAUCACAAACGUGUAUUUCUUUUUUUGUUAUACAUUAAUAUAUGGUAGGCUAUAUUCCAGGAAAAUAACGAUACCCUUUAAUGAAUUCCUAAAUCAGUGAUACAAUUGGGCCUUCACCACACUGAAUAAAGUGGACUAUUAAGAUGUUAAUUUGCAUUUACAGUAUAGCACUAAAGUUUAGCACUUUUACUACUUGGCAGUAUUUAUUAGCUAUUUAAACUCCUUUGGUUGACAGUGUGUAUAUGAGUUAUACUGUAUACAAUAAUACUUAUAAUGCACUGUAUCAGAUAUAUGGGGCUGGAGCACUAUAUUUUCUAUUUUAAUUAAUUUUGACAUGACUGUUCAUGUGUUCACUUCAUGUACAGCCAUGCAUAUUCAUGUGUUACUGUAGGCUAUAUCACCAUGGAUCACCAUACAGUCAUUGAAAGACAUUAUUUUGAUGCACAAACACAUUUGGCGUGGUGCAUAAUAUAUUCAAUAGUCUAAUUCAAUUAUUGCAGAUAGUUUAAAUAUGGCAAUUGACUUUGUCUUUAUAAUUAUGGUACUAUCUGCCACUGUAUCAAAAGCCACACCCACAAAUUAAACUGCAAUGAAACUUCGGGUUCUUUAACAAAGGUCCACUCUUUCAGCAGCAUGGACAGAGCCAAUUAAAAUCAAUUGACAGACUUUCUACGGUUUCUAACAAGAUCCAAUGUCAGCACUUCGGACAGGCAUAUAGCUAACAAUAUUCAAAUGAAUGGAUUCCGACAUUGAACAUUAGGAUAGUUCACCCUAGAGUGUUAAUUGUUGAUUUAUAGUUUAAUACAGUGUGUGGGCCUACAUCCUGCUGGUAUAUCUGUGCAAGCAUAUAGCAACCUAAAAACAAAAUAUACUGAGUGUACAAAGCUUUCCGUGACAUAAGACUAUCCAGGUGAAGGCUAUGAUCUUUUGAUGUCACCUGUUAAAAACACUUCAGUCAGUGUGGAUGAAGGUGAGGAGACAGGUGGGAUAAUUAUUUUUAAACCUUGAGACAAUUGAGACAUGGAUUGUGUAUAUAUACCAUGUAGUAGGUAUAAGACAAAGAUUUACAGUGCUUUUAGAAAAUAUUCAUACCCCUUGACUUGUUCCACAUUUUGUUGUGUUACAGCCUGAAUUAAACACACAAUAUCCCAAAAUAAAAAAUGUUUUUAUGAAUGUAUUAGUAUUUUUUUAAUAUGUUUUAAUUGCAUACAGAAAUAUCUAAUUUACAUAAAUAUUCACACCCCAAUAAAUAUUAUAAUCACCUCUGGCAGCGAUUACAGCUGUGAGUUUUACUGGGUAAGUCAUAAGAGCUUUGCACACAUGGAUUGUACAAUAUUUGCAUCUAAUAUUUUGUAUUUAUUCUUAAAGCUCUGUCAAGUUGGUGGUUGAUCAUUUCUAGAUAGCCAAUUUCAAGUCUUGCCAUAGACAUAGAUUUUAAAGGAGAUUUAAGUCAAUACUGUAACUAGACCACUCAGGAACAUUCAAUGUCAUCUUUGUAACUCCAGGGUAUAUUUGUCUCCGAGUGUUUGUUGGAAAGCAGACUAAAGCAGGUUUUCCUUUAUGUUUUUCCUGUGCUGGCUCUAUUCAGUUUAUUUUCAUCCUAAAAAACUCCUUACUCCUUGCCGAUGACAAGCCUACCCAUAACAUGAUGCAGCCACCACCAUUCUUGGAAAUAUGAAGAGUGGUACUCAGUGAUGUGUUGUAUUGGAUUUGCCCCAAACAUAACUAUUUGUAUUCAGGACAUAAAGUUAAUUUCUUUGCCACA